AAUUUCCAUUUCUUUGCUUAGAAAUUGAUGACCCAUUUUUUUUAGGUUAUUUCUCUCUCUUCUAUUUGGUUAUUUCGUAAAUUAACCAUUACUGUGUGCUCUUUUAAUCUUUCUAUUUCUUAUUACUUUACAUUGUAUUCUCCCAUCUCAUAUCUUCUUCAUCCAUCCUCUUUCAAAGCCUACCUCUCUCUCUCUCUCUCCCUCUCUCUCUUCAUUUCAUUUAGUUUCUGGGUUCUUGUUUUCUUGGUACUCUCUUUUCUCUUUCUUUUCUCGAGAAAGAGGUGGAAAAUAACAUCUGAAGGAGGAAAAAAAGGUUUUUUUUUUUAUAGAUUUUUUUUUUAAAUAUUUGAUUUUUGCGCUACAGAUUGUUAGAUCGAUCAGGAUCUUCUAUUUUUAUUUAUUGGAAGUGUUGUAUUGCUGUUUGCACUGGAAGUUUCUGCAGCUCUUGCAUAUAACUUGUGAGGUACAUUAAUAGCAGCCCUGAUGCAAGGGCAGAGGGGUAUUAUCGGUUCCUUGCCAGAAAUAUUGGACUUUGACCAUGGAUCUACAUCGGGUAAUGCCAUCAUAGAUCAGCAAAUUUGCUGGAAUAACAUGCAAAAUUCUGCAGAAAGUCGACUGCCAGAAUUUAUGCUAUCACCUAGUCACAUGAACAAUGCCUAUGUUGGUUCUGUUGAUCAAGAACGACAGAGUUUGAGUGGCUGGAGCUUGGGUGAACCCAGUUCAAGCAGUGCACAAAAUGAGGCAAGCCGUGAAGAGCAGAAAUCUGAACAUGGAUGGUCUUCUUCAGGAAGUACUUGCGCUGGAGCUGGCCCAAGGUUAGAAGAAAGGCGAUAUGAACCAACUAAUAUUCUUUCACUAGACAGUGUUAAUGUGGACCCUCAAUUUGUGCAGAGCUCCAAUUCCAAUCCAAUUCCACAGAAUCUCAACCUGAAUGCAGGUUUUGUGGGUCAUGGCAGUGAUAAUAGUCCACUCAUGGAAAGUUCUGGCAUGUACAAGUCUGGCAGAGCACAAAAUGAACGCAUUGCUCCUGCCAGUAGUUCCGGUACUUUCUUGCAUCCUUCAGGAAGUAGUGGAUACAUAGUGGAAGAGAAUGAUAGCAGGCCAGGUAGUUCAUUGGAUGGCCGCCGCCAAUCCUGCAAAAGAAAGGCGGUCGAGGGACAUAUGGGACAAUCCUCAGUCAGUGAAAGUUCUGGUUUCUUUCAGUGCUCAGACGGUAGUGCAUGGCCUGGUGUUCCUCCCCGUUAUGAUGCAGGCGGCAGUUUAAGUAUAUCUGCUCCAUCAGAACAGAUGAACCCCAGACUUGGACUAGGUCUGAGAGGAUUAGCUUCUGAUAGCAUUCCUGACUUAGCAGUAGCAGGACGCCCAGAAACCUCCCAGAGAAAUUUCCGAUUGCGAAUAAGUUCUUCAAAUCAAGAAUCUGUUCCCCCUAGUUCAUUUUCUACAGGGAGUGCUGUUAGGCGUUCCAAUGUACCGUCUUCCCAUCGCUCGUCAAGGCUUCUUCCGGUCAAUCAUUCUUUAGACUUUAGAUCAGCAUCAGGGGUAGAUAAUGCAACUUCUCAUAGUCAGCCUGUUGUUAUACCGGUUCCAGCUUUGCCACAAAAUGUGCCUUCAUUUAGGUGGAAUGAAAACCCUAGUUCCAGAAUUGGCAGUUCAUCAAGUUCUAUCACUUUACCUGAUAGAGAGGAAGCCAGCUCAAGAAGCAUGUCAAGAAAUAUGUGGGAACAUCCUAUGUUCGUACCUACCACUGAGUUGAGAACUUCAGCUAGAAACCCAACAAAUAGAAGUGUAACUGGUGGAAAUGCAAGUGUUCCUGGAAAUAUUGCUUCAACAUCUCGGGCUGGCUCAAGCUCGGGUGUCCAUCCUUUAUCAGCUCCAACUUGGGUGUCUCAUCCAAAUCCUCCGUCAAGGAAUUCUCGGAGAUUAGCUGAAUUUGUCCGUCGAUCACUAUUUUCUGCUGGGGCAGAUUCUGGAGGCCAGAGCACUACACAUUCUCUACUGCCUUCGGGCCCUCCUGGUUCAUUGGAAGAAACAAUGCAUCCUUCUGGAGUUGGUAAUCAAGGGCAUCAUCAAUCAUAUCCAAGAUCAGCAUCCUGGAUGGAAAGACAGGGUGAGGGUGUGCUUGGAAUUCCCUACCCAUUGCGAACUUUGGCUGCCAACAGUGAUGGAAGAAGCAGGCUUCUUGUAUCUGAGAUUCGCAAUGUCUUGGAUCUCAUGCGCAGGGGUGAGAGCUUGAGAUUUGAGGAUGUCAUGAUUCUUGACCAAUCAGUAUUUUUUGGAGUGGCCGAUAUUCAUGAUAGGCACAGGGAUAUGCGGCUAGAUGUUGAUAACAUGUCAUACGAGGAGUUGUUAGCUUUGGAAGAGCGCAUUGGAAAUGUUAGUACUGGGUUGAGUGAAGAAACUAUAACAAACCAGCUUAAACAGCGUAAAUAUUCCAUUGCAGUAGGGACUGAGGUGGAGGCGGAACCUUGUUGUGUCUGUCAGGAGGAAUAUAACAAUGGAGAAGAUGUUGGUACUCUGGAUUGCGGGCAUGACUUUCACACGAACUGUAUUAAACAAUGGUUGAUGCUUAAGAAUUGGUGCCCCAUUUGUAAAACGACAGGGCUUGCUACGUGAUAAGUUAUGUGGAUGCAUAGGCAUCUAGAUUAUGUGCCCUACCAUGAAGAAAGAAGGUCAGCUCUGCAAACUUGUUACUAAUUUUGAUAAAAUUGGCGAGUAUUGCCUUGCAUCGCCCUCUCCUAAGUUUGUCCAUUGCACUGACUUAUGGCAUGACUCGCCAGAGGGAAAUCAUUUUUCUUUUUGUUGGAAAGAAGAAACGAGUUCCAUGGUGAUGAUGCAGCUGUUAGAAAGAAAGUCGGAGUCAAGAACUGGUUUUGAACACUUUAAUUUGUUAUUGAACAAUUAGUUUAUGACGACUAUUGGAUCUUCAUUGUGCUUGAUAUAUGUAUUUUUUUUCUUCUCAAUUGGAUACCAGUGCCUCUUUAAAUUUGGAGCUGUGACAUUUUUGGGGAGCCUAAUGGCAUUUGAAGCUAGCACCUAUUAUUAUUUCUUUUUUGUCCCCCAAUUGAUGUAACCGAAUCAAAAUUAUUCUAAAAAGGAAAUCUGUAAUUCUGGCAAUGGGGAUUAGCUAUUGUCCUGAGGACCUUUUCUUUUA